AGGUUCCUCAUUCUUUGCAACAUGGCCGACGGAUACAUCAGAGGAACCGUGGCAAUGCUUUGUGUUAUGUCCUUCCUGCGAGAUGCACGACCAAUGGAAAUAAAAAUAAAGUUUGUAAAUGGAAGCGUACAAAUUUCUUGGAAUCAACCAGAUCCAUCACAAGUCAUGGAGGAGUAUGCAACAUUUACUGGGGAUUCAAGAGUUGUUACGCCUUGGACGAGGGUCGAAAAAAUGAAAUUUUCCAUAACGGAUGUGCUUAACUAUAGCAGUAUACAAUUAACCAUACAACACAGAUAUCGAAAUUUUUCUUUUUCCGAGUCUCAAUUUGAAACCAAAGUUAACAAGCAAUUCUUCAACGAAGGUGACACUGGGAUGGUUUCAUGGAAUAUCCACGCAUUUCCGCUGACAGGAUUGUACGCAAUUUUUCAUUCAAAUACACAAAUUUUAAAGGUGGGACUACAAGACACAAGUAGCAUUGACCAAAACAAAUACAUUUAUCUGAGUACACCGACAAGUUCCACAAAUGUGAAAUUCCGAAUUAGAAAUAUCACAACUGCAGACGCCGGAACAUAUAAAGGAGGCGUGUCAAUGGCGACGACCGUCAAUGAAUUUGGAAUCCUUGUUGUUGUAUUUGGGGUACCCAAAAAACCAAAUAUCAUAGGACAAACUGCCGUAAGUCCAGGAAAUGACGUCACUCUCGAAUGUUCCAGCAAAUCUACUUCCACCCCAGUGUUCUAUAAGCAGUUUCCGUCCAUCACAUACAAGUGGUACAGGAACAACAGUUAUAUUACAUCAGGAAAAAUAUUGAGAUUACGCGUAGACGAAAAUCUUUACAAGGAUUUCAUCACUUGUCAAGCCAAAGAGGAAUUACUUUCAGAUCACAGUGAUGUAGUGAAAAUUGUGAAACCAAACUGCACAGAAAGGAACAUAAUAAAGUCAAAAUUUAAAGAUGGUAAUGCUGUGUUUUCAUUGAUGACAACGGGUUCUGGAAAAGUGCUGGUAUUUGUAACUCUGAACAGUCAUAGUGGUGCUGAUUGGAUGUUGCAACGCAAUGAUGUUGAAAAUCAGACAUACACAUUAAAAAAUUGUUUAAAGUAUUCUACAAUCGAAGUUGAUGUUGCUUCUCAGCAUGAAGUUUGUCGCUCUGUAUUCACUAACAAUCCUGAUACGCUGAUUGUACAGAAGGAACAGAAUGCGACAAUUCAGUGGAGCAUUCCAUUUUUUCCGUUGUCCGGAUCUUAUAAACUUUUUCACAGUGUUCGGGGCUUGAAGGAAAUCAUUUCAAUUGACGGGGCGAAAGUGGUUAGCGGUAAUCCAAUGAAAUACAUGUACAAAAGCAACCCUGUUCAUUCUACAAAAAUUACGUUCGGUGUUAACAAUGUGGAGGCAGGUGAUAGUGGGAUCUACGUAGGGGGACAGUCACGCUUCGGCGCAGAUGACACAAGGGGCGUUUUACUGAUUGUUGCUGGUGAACCAGAAAUUCCAACAAUAAAAGCAAACAAUGAUGCUAAAUAUGGCGAGGGUAUCUCUCUGACUUGUCAAAGUUCUUCUACCACGUUUCCUGAAUACUACAGGGAACUACUGCCUUGGUCCUAUACUUGGUAUAGAAACGGCUCAGAAGUGUAUCACGGAUCCACCUACUCGUUUAUCACCAGUCGGGUUAACAUGCAUGAUGAGAUUGUUUGUCGUGCCAAAGAAGUUACUGCAUCCAUUAAGAGCAAAAUUUACAAAAUAAGAUUGGUGAAAUCAACUCCUGUGGUGCCAGACAUCAUCUCAACUGUAAGAUCAUCCCCCAGCACACUGACAGUGACGUGGGAGUCGUGGUAUGACGGAGGAUCACCUCAGUAUUUUCUUAUAUAUCAAUAUAACAAUAUAUUAUGGAAUGUUGUCGCAAACGUCAGUGACACGAAUACAUCCAUUCACUCCGCUGAAGUUCCCCCGGGUACUGGAGGUUUGCACGGUGUAGCUGUACAAGCCUGCAACAUAUUUGGAUGCUCCAUGCCUAGCAAACUAGGAAAAGCCACAGAAUCUGACGAAACGUUGAAAGACGUUGAGAACGGAGAUCUCGGAGUCGCCGUGGGCGUGUCAGUGAGCGUCAUCAUCAGUAUAAUGCUACUAGUGCUGUUUGGAUUACUACAUAUGAAAUAUGGUCUCCUUGAACGAUGCAGUGAUUGAGAACUACAGACUAAUACGGAAAGGACUGUAAAUCAAAGAUUUUAUACCGUUUCUUUUUGACAAAUGUUUAAUUGUAAUUGAAAAAAAUUACUUUCAGUGUUUGAUAGAAUGAUAUACGAUUAUAAAUGCUAAUUAAGACAAUAUGGACUUCCAACACUAUAAGAAUAUUUAGCUCUUUAUUCCGUCACGAUUUCAUCGUUCUAGGUCAAUUUAAGAUUCCCUUUCCUCCUACGUCAAGGCUUCAGUGCACUGUACACAGUUAAAUGCAUGGAUAACAGACAUUGCAUGUGAAUGUUAUAUAAUUCUUGACAUACUAACAUAAUACAAUUAAUCACUCACACAGAAUGUACAUGUGUGUGUAUAUAUAACGUAAUCAAUCACUUACACAGAAUAUGUACAUGUAUAUAUAUAUAUAUAUAUAUAUAUAUAUAUAUAUAUAUAACACGUAAUCAAUCACUUACACAGAAUGUAAAUGUGUAUAUAUAUAUAUAACGUAAUCAAUCACUCACACAGAAUGUACAUGUGUGUACAUUUGUAUAUAUAUAACGUAAUCAAUCACUUACACAGAAUGUACAUGUGUGUAUAUAUAUAACAUAAUCAAUCACUUACACAGAAUGUACAUGUGUGUAUAUAUAUAACAUAAUCAAUCACUUACACAGAAUGUACAUGUGUGUAUAUAUAUAACGUAAUCAAUCACUUACACAGAAUGUACAUGUGUGUAUAUAUAUAACGUGAACCUUUAAAACAAAUUUGCAAAACACGUUAACGUCACCAACACGAGAGGAUUGUAAUUUGAAAAUAUUACAAAGAAAUCACGUUUCGAGAUGUGAAAACAAUUAUUCGCGAAUAUUCUUUUAAAAUAUUUGAAUGGAGGGUAUCAAAUUUUUAUACAAUUUCUAAUAAUGUCGUUUUAGAAUUGAUGUACUUUAAUUUCAUAAACAAAGAUCUUUUUAUAGUGUGUUGUUCCGGAAAUUAACGUGUGUACGUGUUAUUUUACUAACGUGUUUUAAGCUAGCUUGUGUCUUUUGUGGAGCAUGGCUUACAUAGUGAUCAUUUUGCCUGUCUGUCUGAGUCCCACUUUGUAUUAAAACAUUUUUAUACAAUACGAGUUAUCUGUUUCUCUCAGUUUUACUUUGAUUAACUUCUCCCCAUAAUUAAAAAUGACAUUGAAUUAACGUUACUAUUCACUUAAGUUUAUUUCAGGCCAAUGCGGUUAACCAUUAAAAGUAGGUACGCUUCAGACGAUUGGAUGUCUUUAAAGUAAAUGUCAUCGACAAUUAGAAAAAGAUUAAUUAUAUGCUUUUCAGCUGAAUUGAAUGUGUCAUAACCAUAGCCAGGUUUAUAGUUGUUGUGUUUUGUAACUGAAGAAUUGCAUUAUUCACUGUAAUACUCCUAUUGUUUGAAAAAAUUGUAACUGAAAUGUUUUCCAUGAAAAUUAAAAUGUAAAAAGAAUAUUGCACGGUGGUUAUAUUUUGCUCAAGUAGUUGCAUUUUAA